AUGGCCGCUACCAAAAAUAUAAAUCCUUGCACCAGUCCCAUUGACUUUCAUGUUUCCUUCUUGCUUCUCCUGCUUGCCCUCUCUUCUUCAGUCAACCCCACCUCAAAGGCGGAGGAGCACAGACGCGCGCGCGCCGUCGCCUCGCCUGCCCAGCCUUUUCCCGACCAGGUACCGGCGCGGAAACCGGAGAAGGCCAUGUGCGGCAUCCUUGACCUCUUCAAGCCCAGGUCCAGAAAGAAGCCGACCCAACCGCAGCCGCAACAGGCCAUCGCACCGCCCCAUCAGCCACAGCCCUUCAGCGUGGGUCACAACCCCGGCUAUCCGGGCUCUGGCCAGCAGCAUGGGUCACCACAACCUCAGGGACAUUACGGAUCACCACAGCCGGCGUUCUACCCUCACCCGUCGCCGCAGCCGCAGCCUAGUGGCAUGCAUUAUUACCCGCCGCAGCACCUUUACGAGCAUAACCAACAGCAAUCCCGGUAUAACCAACAACAGCCCCCGCAGUCGUACGGCGGCUACCCGUACCCGCAGCAACAGGCGCCGGCAGGGCGCAGGCCCGGGGGCGCCGGCAUGGGUAUGGCGGGCGGCGCGGCGCUGGGCAUCGGUGCCAGCUUUGUGGGCGCCGCGGUGCUCGGCGGCGCCAUGAGCCAUAGCGACCACAACCCCUACCAGGAGGGCUACCAGGACGGAGCCGGCGAUUUCGGUGGUGGUGGCGAUUUUGGCGGCGGCGAUUUCGGCGGCGACUUUUAAGUCAUGGGCUGGCCGAGGGGAGGCCAGUCUGGAAGAACUAGCAGGAGCUGCUGGUUUAGUGCUUUCGUCCAUCUCAUUCUUUUUCAGUCAUCACGCCUGCUGCGCCACCUCUCACGCUGGAAGGGUUUCUUUAUAUGUUAUUUCGCCCUGAUUAGCUUCACUGUUUAUAAUUCUGGUUAGAUAUCUGUAUUUCUUUUGUAGUGUCCUUGUGUUAGUUUCUGUCGUUGGUUUUGGCUGAAGACUGUAUCGCAUUGCUCAAAUACGAGAUGCUUUAUCCCUUUGGGAGCUCUGCACGUUCACAGCACUCACAGGGGUGAUGCACAUCCCGGUAGUUUCCAAGUGCACUCUCGAGAUGAUGGGUCUACCCGCUAGUUUGUCGCUGACAGGCAGAUGCCCGCUUGUUGGGCUAUAACCCCUGCCCCAGAGGUUUUGUGAAAGGUGAAGAGGAAAGGGGAGGAUAAUUUGGCGCAGCGAAGGCUUGGAGCAAUGUGACCAGAACUGCAGACUUUGGUUUGGGCGCCGUAACUAUCACGUACAAUUAAAGGCACAUUCGAGCCCCUGAGACCCGAAGGAUGAUGUUAGCAACACGCAAAUGUGCA